AUGGCGGGAGCGGCAGGCGUCCGAGGAGGCGUCACCAGCGAGUCGGCCUAUCUGUCCGAAAUCGGGGGACGUCGAAUUCUUCAAACAGCCCUUCAUGAUGGGGUUACCGUGUUGUUUUGGCUUACUUUGCGUAUUUAUUUUUCUGUGUUCGACAAAGAGAGAGAUCGUGAAAAAGAGUGCAAGGAUCAACCUUCAUCGCUGUGGUCUCGGGCGAACUCGCUCAGGCAGAGUUUGAGACAUCGAGCAAAUAAACACCAUACCCACUCAACAUCAGUAUCGGUAUUGAUUGAUGAUUUACCAAGGAAUCGACGUGAUCCUGGUGGUCUGAGUGCUCCUUUGCGACGAGAAUGGGGAAGUCAUCGGGACCUGCUACGUUCCCGCAAGGCUCAGAGUUCGGCUACUCUUCAAGAUACGAACGUUUGCCCGAAAUCGUUAAUCCGACGCCAUUCAUCAAAAUCACGUCCAGGCGAACUUACGUUAAGUCUGGGUGGAGGAGGCAUCACGAGUUCACUUCAGGCGCUUACCAGUGUGGUGCCGCUCAAAGGCCUGCUGUUGCCCCCAUUAUUUGUUCAAGACGAGACUGGCACAGCUUCAUGUGAAACUGGAUCCGUUGAGAUGGACUAUGUCGUUGAACAGCGAGGAACUACAACAAAAUGCUGGGGUCGAGAUUCCAGGCGUAAUAUGGCUGCGGGGAUCUUUGACCCCAUCGAUCGGAAGGAUGUCACAGCUCAACAAAAGAGCACGGCACAGCAGCAGCGGAAACUCACAAAGGACUCCGGAUACGAGACUAGUGUAUGUUCAGAGCCCGAUUACGUGAAUGCAACCUUUUUCUCCUGUGCGAUUGAACCCCAUGGGACAAUGCUACCUCCUCCCCAUCAACCGAUACCUGACGCCUUGUUCAGGAGAUCGCGGCCAUCUUGGGAUGCGCCGAUGGCCGUCUCGGAGCCCUUAAGCAUUCCUGCACCACCGUUCGGCCUAUCCAGCUGUGGCGUCAACUCACGAUCGACGCCUGCUUUGGCCGUGCUCGCCGCCCGCGAGCGAGGCAAGGAAUCGCCUUAUAAAGGGUUCAGCAAACCGGUUGAUAAAGAGAACUCGAUUGUCCGCGUUACCGCGUCCUCGUCAGCCCUCAUUGCUUACGAAACACCCACGACGACAAAUAACGUCGAACCGGCGAUCACAUCCAGCCCAACAGACUUAGUCAGGGAUUCCGGUGCAGGCCAGAGUGUAUCCACCAGCAGGCUUCUAAAAAACAGCGACGUUAACGUAGAAAAAAAUACCGCGUUGUGGCUUUCACGUCACAAGAAAAAGGAAGCCGAGCGUGACGACGCUGCAAAUCGUAAAUCGUACGAGGAUAUCUACGAGGAGGUUGCCUCAGGUCGUAAGGAGCAGGUGAAUAGCAAUACACAAAUUAAAGUCACAGAAAAGCAUACCCGAUCGGCAAGCGAUCCUGUUGGCAGCCAAGUGGAACAGUUUACACUUGGCGGCCGCCCAACAGAUAAAGAUACCCCUGUAGAUUCCCUUUGGGCAGCCGGAGAAGCGGGUAGUCACUCGCAAUCGAUAAUGACUAACGACAAUUCAGACUCCUCCACGUAUAUCGACUCAGUGGGAUCUGAGAUGAAAUGGCGUGACUCAUAUUCCGAUCUAAGUGCAUUUUCUGUACGUAGCUCAAACCAGAGUUCAGGCUUCGAGUCGGGACAAUCAACAGUGGCUGAUGCCGGACGCCUUUCACCACAGUCUUCACUUGAUGGCUCCGUUCUCAUGGGGAACUACGGGGAGCGUGUAAUUUCACGAUUCCCUAUUCCAACGCGCGAAGGGGUCGCGCACAGUGCCAAAAUUCCUUCAGCGGAACGCCACGAUAGCGAGAGUGUCCUGUACUUCGGGCAAAGUCGGGCGAACAACCGGGGAGCUACCGUGAGCAGCAGUGCCAGCAGCGAUUUCGACCGCCAAGAGAAGUAUUCUCAAGGCUUAACAUCACGGCAAGUGGACCAACGACAACCGGCACAAAGUAAGUCUAGUCUCGUAGAGGAGUCUACAGUCUGCGAACUCGAUGACAUACUAGGAGUUAAUGGCAAACUUCUGGAUCCUCUGAAGAAAACGAAAUUGCCGGAGACGGAGUUGAAACAGAUUCAGAAACAGGCCGUACUUAGUUACCUCCGUCAACGACAAGCGACAGAAAGCAUUGGUGUGCGACCGACGCAGUUCCGCGACAAACCACCAGAUACGGCUGAGAAGCCCACACCAGUGAAGCCUAUGGCUGUUAAGCUCCUCGAAGUUAACGACAUCCCGCCCGAACUGCCGCCGAAGAUGUACAAGUCGUCGGAACUACUCCACGGCCUAGUUCAGCAGGCAAAAGAGAUUCACUGGAAUGCCGAAGGCCCGCCAGCAGUCGGCCUUAGAGAGUCCAACGAUGCUAGAAAACCGCCACGACCACCACCAAAAACGUUUAAGCUCAAUAACAAUCGACAGAACUCGGCUGGCACAAUGCUUAAGACGAUGGUGACGCCGCCACCGAUACGCGAGAAACCGGAGAAGUUGCGACAGAGAAGAGGUAAUGACUCAGCGCUAGUUAUGGCAAAAAUGGUGUUUAUUCCAAUCUCGGCGUACAGCUCACCAGGGAGGUCUGACUCAAGUGACGUGGACAAGCCGUUGGAUAACGUCUCACAUCGCCAACAAAAUUUUAACGCAGCUCCUAUAGCACUGACACUAUCGAAAGACGAGCAUCGUCGGACAGCCUUCAGCGAAACGCUACACCCUUCGUUGGGGCUUCCUUUUACGCUAUCGCAACAAUUACCAUACGAAGCAAACAGUAAUAGCCAAUUGCUGAAAAACGGAAACUCAUCUGCCGUUAUCCUCAACAAGGACGCUUCGAGACGAUCUUUAAGGACUUCUCCCACGACAAAAUCUGAGGAGACAAGCCCUCGGCAAACGAGAUUCGAUGAUGGUUAUGGAACAUCCCUAGAUGAUGAAGAUGAAACGACACCAAGUGUAGAUGUUACUCCAGUUGCUGCUAUACUUCCAGUUAAACUUCAGAAGUCAACCUCUCCGCACAAUCGAGCAUCCUUAAAAUCGCUCGAGGCUGAUCCUGAAACGGUUCAUUCGGCGAAGCUAUUCGGAAUAACCCGGUUGCGCCUGUCUCAAGAAGAAGCCGCUGUCCGAGAAGAAAUCGUUGCCAAUGAUGCGUUUGGUCUUGAGUUACGUGCGCGUCUCGAAGAGCUAGGCCGUGAACGUGAACUGCGUAAGCUGGCGAAUUACAUCGGUGAAGUAGAUGAUAUUGCCGCAUUGGUUGUCGCGCUGGCUUUACGCAUUGCUCGGACCGCAGCGACGCUUCAAGCGCUUGGCGCUGAGGGACUCGCUGACCAUAAAGCCCAAUUAGUGCAAAAGUUAGAAAAGGCCGAGAAGGAGCUGGACGAGGCCCGUCGACUUGAAUCAAACUGCGAAAAACGCUGGGCGUCAUUUGGUGCACAUCUUGCCACGUUCCUUGAGCCGAAAGAGCUCGUCGGACGGUACCUGCACUUCAUGAAGAAUCGGGCUGAUCUCUUAGUCAAGCAAAAAACGAUCCAAGACCGUCAGCAAAUGCGCAAACCGUGAUUUUAAAGAGAAUUAGUGCAAUUGUCACCAGUGAUCCUAACAUUGAACAUAAGGGCGUGGCAAUAUGACGACACUUGGAAGGGUUACGUUAAGCUGGCGACAGAUUCUCGUAGGAACUGGAUCAGCACCCCUGAACGCGAACGCAUAAACGAUUCUAGGAAUGUCUGAAAUAUUGUGACGAUUUCAUUGGCGUAUUCGGGGGGACCAAUGGCGUGAAUGGUUAGUAAACUCCAAUCUACAACCGCGGAUGUAACGGGUCGUUUCAGUUCGACAAAAUAAGGACCGUCAUAUUGACAUUGCAGUAUAGUUGGCAACAGUUCAGCUUAAACGAAAUCGUCCUGCACUAAGGUUAGGUUAAAUGAGCUCUUGUUAUACUAGCGACAGACAGUGUUUUGGAAGAAAGCAAGCUACUGAGAUUUGUCUCAGAAGUCUGCGCUUGUUCGGCGCACGUUUCCGAAUGAUGCGUUAGACUUGAUAGGGGAAUUUUUUUUAUUAAGUCUUUAAUAAUUCCAUUUGUGACACAUCUGGUAGCUGACUAUGUUACUACAUGAGGGGUCAGCUAGUAAUAAUAGAAGAAUGAAUAUAUCAUCUAUAUAUCACCUGGUUGCACUGUACAAAAUAAAAGUUGCAAGCUAUGUCUUGAGUGUAGAACGUAGAUUGACAAGGGGUUUACUCCAAUAGAUCGAAUAAAUCGACAGAAGCUUCCAGUGGCAACAGAAGCUAUAUCCAAGAUCUGCUAAACUGAUGUUAUAGGUUCUAUUGGAUUGCGUAAAGAAAAUGACGAAUUGAGUGUCUGCGAAGGGAUAAUGUCUUUUAAGGCGUCUGUAGAGAUACAAAGUUAUGGAGAAUUAAAGGUAAGACCUUGUAUCUCUAUAAGGUUGUUAUCACCGUGGAUGAGUGCAUAAUGGCGCUGAGUUACAGCAACAGCGUGAUCAAUAUGGAUGCAGAGUGAACAGAUAUCAUUCUACAUUUGUAUGUACUUGUAUUAUAUGGACUAUGGACUGAUACGCCAGACAUGGAUGGCAUCAUAUAUAUAUGAUGCCAUCCAUGUCCAUAUAUAUAUAUAUAUAUAUAUAUAUAUAUAUAUAUAUAUAUAAACCAGUAUAGAUGCGUGCGGGACUUACAGCGAGGCUUCUGGCGAAUGCAUGCCGCAACUAUAAAUAUUUCUCAAUAUAUUUUAUAUAUAUAUAUAUAUAUAAUUUUUAAU